GAAACUAGAGUUGACAUGAGACAACUUCAUUUAGCCUUCCUUCUUCUCGUUUUCUCACGGCAAACAACAGCAUAAGCUGACAAAGUAAAGAGAUUGAAAUCAAACUAGUUCUUUCCGAGUCCAUCUUCCUUCCCCGUGAAAUCUUUUACUCCAUUUUAUUACAUUACCCACUUGUCAGUUUCUCUUUUAUGAUUUGGUCCCCAUUCACUCACUUACCCUUUAUGUCUCCUAAACCACACUCCCAAUCCAACUAAUCUAAACUAAACCCACACAAACAAACGAUGACUCUCCCUUUCUUUCUCUUCUUCUCCAUACUCACCACAGUUUCCACCGCUCUCCCAUACGGUAUCUCCUACCACAUUGACUGUGGCACUCCAACAAACACCACCGAUUCCUUCAACACAACCUGGCUCUCCGACCGUUUCUUCACCGGAGGAACUACCGGGAUCGUCUCUGAGCCUCUCCGUUUCCACCACCACCACGAGAAGACUCUCCGCUUCUUCCCUAUUUCUUCCGGUAAGAAGAACUGCUACACCGUUCCUUUACUCUCCACCUCCUCACGCUACCUCCUCCGCACCUUUGUUGUCUAUGAUAACUACGACGGCAAGUCUCACCCUCCCUCCUUUGACGUCUCCGUCUCUGGCACCGUCGUCUUUUCCUGGCGUUCUCCUUGGCCUGAAUCCCUCGCCCGUGACGGUGCCUAUGCGGACCUAUUCGCUUCCUUCCAAGAACAAGCCCUAAUCUGCUUCUACAGCUUCGCCACCGAUCCUCCCGUCGUUUCCUCGCUUGAGCUCUUUGCCGUCGAUCCCGCUUCUUACGGUUCCGCUUCCAUUGCCAACAAUGAUACCAUACUUGUUAACUAUGGUCGACUCUCUUGCGGCUCCAAUCAGUGGGGUCCGGGCUUCACAAACGAUGCGGACAGGUUUGGAAGGUCGUGGCAAUCCGAUUCCGAGUAUCGAACCAGAGUCGCCGGCCAGAACAAGGUAGUUGCGGUAUCCACCAGGAGUAGCAUUCUGGGAGCUGAUCAGAAGCCCAAUUACUUCCCGACGAAGCUGUACCAAACCGCAGCAACUACGGCGGAGACUGCCGAGGAGGGCGGUGGCGUGUUGGAGUACGAAUUGAACGUGGAUGCUAAAUUGGAUUACCUCGUGUGGCUGCAUUUUGCUGAGAUCGAGGAUAGGGUGAGGAAGGCUGGAGAGAGGGUGUUUGAUGUGUUCGUCAAUGGCGACAAUCUGACAAGACUGGAUAUUUACAAGCAAGCGGGAGGUUUAGCUGCGUUUACUUGGCAUCACACGGUGAAAAAUUUGAGUAGCAGCUCGUUGAGUGUGAAGCUUGUUGGAGUUGUGGGUGCACCUCUCAUCUGUGGGAUUGAGAAUUAUGCUUUGGUCCCUGGCGAUCCUUCUACAGUUCCUCAGCAAGUGAUUGCCAUGAAAGCAUUGAAGGAUUCUCUUCGGGUUCCUGAAAGAAUGGGUUGGAAUGGUGAUCCCUGUGCUCCUACUAAUUGGGAUGCUUGGGAGGGAGUUACCUGCCGUAUGAGUAAGGAUAAUACUGCUCUUGUCAUAAGUCAAAUAGAUCUGGGCAGUCAAGGCUUGAAAGGGUUCAUAAGCGACCAGAUUAGUCUUUUGUCGGACUUGGUAAGCCUGAACUUGAGCUCUAAUUUGUUGAUGGGUGAAGUACCGUCUGGCCUUGGUCAAAAAUCCCUAAUACACCUGGACUUGUCCAACAAUCAAUUAACAGGCUCAAUUCCAGAUAGUAUAGCUUCUUCAAGUUUGCAGCUUGUGUUAUUGAAUGGUAACUUAUUGGAAGGGCAAGUGCCGGAUGAACUCUAUUCUAUUGGUGUGCAUGGUGGAGCCAUUGACCUCUCCAGCAACAAAGGUUUGUGCGGUGUACCAUCUCUGCCAGCUUGUCCUAUGUUUUGGAAGAAUGGAAGAUUAUCUACUGAGGGAAAAAUUGCUAUAGGCUUGUCUAGUCUUUUCGUUUUCUGUUUAAUACUACUGCUGGUCUAUAUCUAUAUCAGGAGGAGAAGGAAUGAUUAUGACUUUGCUCUGCCUCACGAAUUAACAGCAUUAGCCGCCAAAAGAAACCGAUAUCAGAGGCAAAAAUCCUUGAUGGUUCUUGAGAUGGAGAGUCAACACGCGAAGGGACUGCCUUCACCUUCUGCCACACAAUAACCAUUUAUUUUUCAAUGGAAAUGGAAUAUUGUUUGUCAUAAUUUUCUGCUAAACAUAUACUGACACAGCUUAGAGAAAGGGUUUCAAUUGUUUCUGCGCCAAUGCCAAACCACGAUGUGACAACAAUGCAUCUAUAGAAGGAGAAAUUGCUCUUGGGGCCUAUCGUUCUCGUACAACUUUGUCUUGUCAAAGAUUCUGGAUACCACUUAUUAUGCAUGUUCUGUGAUUAGUUGUUCCAGGACCCAUCAAACAAAAGCAUUAGCCGUAGCCUUUGCUGAAUGUGAUGCCAACGAUACAUCAAUAUAUGAAAUUUGAUUUUAGAGCCACAAUUCAGUGUACAUAUUUUGCACAUCAGUUCUGCUUGGCUCCUUUAACUAUACUGAUUUAUAUAGCUACUAAGAAGUGACUGGACCUUAUUGUACAUGGUAUUUCAAGCUUCUUCAUUCAUUUACACCGUGACUUAAACUA